GUGUGCCUCGGUGUGAGGGUGAGUGUGGGUGACGCCAGUGCUUGACUAAGAUCACGCCUUCUGCCGAGGCCCUACAUCUCCACCAUGUGUAACCCUCUCAUCUGUCCUGGGGCCUGUUUAGCCACAAGCUGUCCCUAAAAGCUCUAGAAACUGGUCACUAACUUUGCAGACAGAUGACCCUUGAGCAGCCCGAAGAGACUGGAGCUCUCCACACUGUCCCCCUCGCUCACCCGCUUGGAUCCUUUGGCAGAGUCCUUCUAGGCUCCAGGCUGGAAUACUGACCAUGGAACCUUGAAGUGACCCUGUUUUCCUGAGCUCAGUGGCCGAGGCCGACACUCCAGGCCCUUCCUGCAUCUACCACAGCCCAGUUUUCAAGCUCAGAGCAGAGCAGGAGGGGUAGGGAGGUGAUCCGCCUUUCUUUAGGCCGGAGGCUUCCAUCAUGAUGCUUAACUCCGACACCAUGGAGCUGGACCUGCCUCCCACCCACUCGGAGACCGAGUCGGGCUUUAGCGACUGUGGGGGCGGGCCUGGCCCGGAUGGUGCUGGGUCGGGGGAUCCCGGAGUGGGCCAGGUCCGGAGCUCGGAGCUCGGAGAGUCCGGCCGCAAAGACCUGCAGCACCUGAGCCGGGAGGAGCGCAGGCGCCGGCGCCGCGCCACGGCCAAGUACCGCACCGCACAUGCCACGCGGGAGCGCAUCCGCGUGGAAGCCUUCAAUCUGGCCUUUGCCGAGCUGCGCAAGCUGCUGCCCACUCUGCCCCCAGACAAGAAACUCUCCAAGAUUGAGAUCCUGCGUCUGGCCAUCUGCUAUAUCUCCUACCUGAAUCACGUGCUGGAUGUCUGAGCUCAGCCCGCCUCCCUCUCUGGAUUCCCCCUCCCCCCCGGGGCCUCUCCAGAGCCCCCUGACACCACACAUUACUUAGAAUGGCCGGCUCCUUCCCAUCCCAGAGCACCGGGCCCACACCACUGGCCCUGAAGGCCAGCUUCUUUUCAUUGACCUAGGCAUGUGAGGGAUGUUCUCAUGGGUUCCUUCAGAGAGUUUUAGGGCCUAGCUGGUCGGAGCUGCUUGCCACAGUGGUCAGAAUGGAGUCCUUGCUGGAUUUACUAACCCAGACUCAGCUGCUGCCUCUUCUCCUCUAUGUCCAAGUUUUCAGAGACCCCAGACCCAGAUUCUCUUCUGGCCAUGAUGGGACCCAGCAUCAGAAUCUGAAGGGGAAAUGGCCAGGGGCAGAGUGGGGAGUGGGUUCCUAAGUCCCAGACCUCUCUAGCCAUGGCUGCGGGGAGGGAUGGGCUCUUGGGACACAGAGAAAUGAGUGAGGUGACUCCCGGGUAGCCAGGGGUCAUAGAAAAAGUCUGCCUUUCCUUUGUCUAUCUCGUUCCUGAGGCUUAGAAUAUACAGACCUCAGAUCUUACUUGGUAGUGAGUGCCUUGCCUUCCUGGAGCUGUCUGGCCACUCCCCUGACCCUUCCCAUGGUCUGCCAUUCCAGUUUUCUCCCCUUCCCUGUGCGGGCUAGAAGAAGGAAAACCUCAGUCCUGGAUGACAAUGACAUCUCCAAACAGCCCAGGGCACCUUAGGGAAGGCCCAGGCCCUGGGCGGGGCAUCACUGCAGCAGCUGCUCCCAGCCCCAUCCCGAAGACCUUGAGAACACGCCAGCCCCAUCAGCUCCUCCCUCAGACGCGAAGGGAUGCCUGCUACUGCCCCCUGUGCACGCUCUGGGGCCUUCUUAUUUCCACCCCUUCCUUUCUUAAGCUGCCGUGGGGAGGAAGGUGCCCCGCCCAUGAGCCCCACCUGCCCAUGGUAGCCUGUGCAACUGGAGUAGAUGGGCCUAAGAAUCCCUGAAGAAAAAAAAUGAACUCAUGCUUUUUCGCGCUCCAUCCGCCCUCACACCAAACUCCUAACUCUACAAGGAUAUUUAUUUAUGUAUUUAUUUAUUUAUUCAUUUAUUUAUUUAUAAAUAUUACUAUUUAUUACUGAGUUAUGCACUUUGGGGUAUGGUGAGGAGGACUCCCCACAGCUGGCUCUAGCUGGGACUCUCCUUCCCCCCCCCUGCUAACUUCCUUCCUUUUCUUGCUCCUUCUCCAGGGCAGGUAUGUGUGGGGAUCCCUUCAUCCACCAUACCAGUCCCCUUUCCUGGAAUAGUGCUCCUCCCCCAGCCUCCCACCUUCCGGGUGUCCUCUCUCAGCCCCUCUGACCCUGACAAUCCCACUCCAGUGCUAUCCACCUCCAUUCCGUUUAUCGACCCGCUUUUUCCAACACCACCAAGAGCAGACCCCAGGGUCUGUGUCUGGUGGCCUGUGUGUAAGUCUCUCUCUGGUUACAUUCCUAAUUUCUUACAAAAAGAAAAAUUAAAGUGACCUCGAUCUAGAA